GAGGAGGAGCUCUAGUGGGGAAUUGACGCGAGGGUCGGGGCGGUCGUCCAAUCGGAUGGCCCGGGAUGUGCCUCCUCCGUCUGCAUCCCGCCCGCUGGGUCCAUGUGCCUGGAGCUGAGAAGCCCGAGCCCAGCCUGGGAGUUGGGCGUCUCUGCUAGAGCAAGAGGGAGGGAAGGAAGAGAGGCUGCUGCUCCCGCUCCCGCUCAAGACUAAAGGGCGGACCCGACCCCUCUCGGGGAAGCUGCCCAACGGAGGGCCGCUCGGGCCAUGGCCAGGACCCAGGGACGCCGGCCCCGGGGGCGCUGACCCGGCGCAAGCAGCCUCUCCCUCGACUUUCCCACGAGCUGGCACCGGGCGCCCCGGAACCCACCAUCCGUCUGCCUCGGAGACAUCCCCCGUCCCCUGCCAUCCAGGGCUCCUGAGCGCCCCGCCCUCCCGGCCGGGCUGGGGGCGCCCGCCCGCCCCCCACCAUCACUCCCUGCCUCCCCCAGGGGUCGGGGAGCCCGCCCCCACCCCCGGGCCAUGCCAUGCCGCUGGACUCGCAGGACACGCUCUACAUUGUGCUGGAGCUGGUCAUCGCCGGGCUUUCCAUCGCGGGCAACGUGCUGGUGUGCUGCGCGGUGGCCACCAACAGCACCCUGAAGACAGCCACCAACUAUUUCCUGGUGUCCCUUGCCGUGGCCGACAUCGCCGUGGGGCUGCUGGCCAUCCCCUUCGCCAUCACCAUCAGCGUGGGCUUCUGCACCGACUUCCACAGCUGCCUCUUCCUCGCCUGCUUCGUCCUGGUGCUCACCCAGAGCUCCAUCUUCAGUAUGCUGGCCGUAGCCAUCGACAGAUACCUGGCCAUCAAGAUCCCUCUCAGGUACAAGAGCUUAGUUACUGGGACCCGGGCAAGAGGAGUCAUUGCUGUCCUCUGGAUUCUCGCUUUCGGCAUCGGCCUGACUCCUCUCAUGGGAUGGAACGGUAGGGCCAAUGCUACCCAUGACUGCAUUGAUGGAGCCAAGAACCUGAGCUGCUGCCCCGUGAAAUGUCUCUUUGAGAACGUGGUCACCAUGACCUACAUGGUCUACUUCAACUUCUUUGGCUGCGUCCUGCCCCCGCUGCUCAUCAUGCUCGCCAUCUACGUCAAGAUCUUCCUGGUGGCCUGCCAGCAGCUGCGCCGCAUGGAGCUCAUGGACCACUCGAGGACCACGCUGCAGCGGGAGAUCCACGCGGCCAAGUCCCUGGCCAUGAUCGUGGGCAUCUUCGCUCUGUGCUGGCUGCCCUUGCAUGCCACAAACUGUAUCACGCUCUUCGAUGAGCACUUUGCCCUGCACAAGCCCAAGGAGUUAAUGCACAUCGUGAUCCUCUUGUCGCACGCCAACUCCGUCGUCAACCCCAUCAUCUACGCCUAUCGGAUAAGGGACUUCCGCUACACCUUCCGCAGGAUCAUCUCAAGGUACGUCCUCUGUCAGAGAGACGAGCUCCCCAAGAGCAGCAAUGGACAGUCGGGGACGGUGCAGACCCUCGAUGCCAAUGUAUGACCCCUGCCGCCGCCGAGGCCACGAGACCUUCGCCCCACGACGGGCGCCUCUGGGCGUGGAUCUGGCUGCCCAUCCCGAGCACCUCUGGUGCAGGCCUGACGGACGGAAACGUACCGCAGGGGGAUCUGGAUCCCAGACCCCGCUGCUAGUCCCGUGUGGACCAGACGACUCGGGAGGGAGGUGGAGGAGCCCUGGGCCAGGACGGGUCAGCCGCACCAUCUUUGAUGUGUGGAGUAUUUCUAACAGGAAGGAAUUUCAGCCGCUGUUACUGUGAACGCCCCCCUUGGCGAUGUUUUACUAACUUGGAGGCAAUGGGGAAACCCAAUGCCUCGCUCUCCUGACCCUGGAUGUGGCCACAAGAACACUACGUAUAGGCAUGGGUGGAGAGGGGGCCCUGGGGAGGGGAGGCCUGUUCUAGCUCGUUAGUGUUGGUGGGCAUCUCAUCCUGGAGAUAGCAGCUCUUCUCUCUCCUGGAGGGAACUGCUGUCAAGGGGACCCUAGAACAAUGGAGGAAAAAGCUUCCGGCCCCUCACCUUUGCUCGAUUUUCUUUCUCCCUUUUCUGAAGGUGGCGGGAGUGGGGGGGGGGGGUCACCUUCUCGGUUUUGAAAGGGAGGAAGGGGCCAAAACAGCUGCCUGUGGUCCUCCCCAUGCCAUCUGACUCAAGCAUACCAAAAAUGGGGCAAAGAAAUGGGUGAGCUCAAACUGUGAGAUUUUAACCUCAUUUUCUGUGUAUGUGUAAAGAAUAGAGUAUUAGCUCAAAGCUGAAGAUAAUUUAAAUGAAUGAAAAAUAAAAAUAAAGCCAUUGUUUUGUU